GAUGGGCCAUAGUCACGAUCGCCAUCAGUCACAUCCUCUGUGAGUCACGGGAUCACCACGCCUCUCUCAACCAACCACUCACGACGCGUUCCGACCCAUGAUGGACAGGCGACGCUCGACUCUCCAGCCAUCGUCAGAUAUGAAUGCUACAUCCCGCUCAGCUAUCCCGGUCCCGGCCACUGUGAGGAAACCGAAUCCGUCGCGAAUGUCUGUGGCAGGAUCUUCGUUCAAUCCACCACCCCCUUCAUCGAAUCCUCGGCAGUCUAUGAUGCGCUCCCAGAACAUGAAUCCGCUGCUACAGUCCGCAUCAAAAACUAACUAUGGGCGGACGCCUCUCAAUAAUAGUACGCGGCGUGGUUCUAUGUGGCCCGGGGCAGCCAACAUGCCUCCGCCACCUAGUAGCCAGACAAUGAAGGAUACGAGGCCGCUACGAGAGAAAAGCUUCCAGAUCACAAUGAAGCAAGACAUCAGUCAAUAUCUGCGGAGCGUUCACUACGACAUCGGGCCGGCCACGUUGAACAACAUUCAGGGCAAGGAGUAUCGGGCGAUAGUCGAAUUUCUCAUUCUUCAGCUCGAUCCGUAUCACCCUUUCGACCCUGCUUCACGCAUGGAGGAUGAAUUCAUACCAGCUCUGAGAGCGCUUCGAUACCCAUUCGUCAACUCUAUCGAUGUCAAGUCUCUGGCGGCACCUGCUAGCAUGCACUGCUGGCCAGCUUUUCUUGGUGUGAUGCACUGGCUGGUUGAAUGCUGCAAAGCCAUUCAAACUUACGAGGGAAGCGGCGACCCAACGCUGCAGAUCGCUGAGAACAUUCCUGACGAGUUUGAGGAUCCCAUGGAUCACCAGGCAUUGGCAUUCGAAUAUUACGAACAAGCCUAUGCUCUGUGGAUGAACAUGGUCGACGACUUCGUCGAACCAAAACAGAGUCUGGAGGAUCGAUACGCUCGUAAAAACGGACAGGCACACCUCGAACUGGAAGAAACCACGGCGCAGCUCGAGCAAGGUGUUCGGGAGUUGGAGAAACUCAAGGCGGCCGCUGAUCCGCUAGCGAAACUCCAGAACGAGAACGCGACUCUGAAACAGGACUGCGAAAAGUUCUUGAAGAUCUUGAAGCAGUACGAAUCGAGGAAGAAGAAGCUCAUGGAUCAAAUUACGUUCGAGAAAGCAGAGUUGAUUACAAAAGGUAACCAGCUCGAGCAAUUGAAAUCAGAGCAAAGUCGACUGGCGGAAAUUGUGAAAACACAAAACCUGACUCCGGAGGAAGUGAUCAAGAUGAACACUGAUCAUGAGACAUUGACCCAGAACCUGAGGGAUCUGGAGCAGAAGAUUGCAGAGACGAAUCGGCACGUCAUGACGCUGGAGGUCAAUGUGACCAACCGCGCUGCUGCCGCCGAGGAGGCCAUUGAUUCAUACACCAAUCUCCUGACGCAGCUGGAACUCUUCCCGCCGCUGGCACCCCCACUAGAGGACGUCGACUUGACCCUCGAUCUCAACACUGCAUCGUCUAAUCCACACAACCUCCUUUCCGGAGCGGAUAUCCGACGGGUGAUUAAGCCCGCACUGAGCGCCGUCGCCGAGGCAAAGCGGUCCGCUCGAGCCAACGUGGAAAGCGAGCGGAUCAAGUUGGACAACGAGCUGGACCAGGUUACGCUGGAAUGCGAGAACAUCGAGGAGGAGAUUGUGGAGGUUGAGAAGAAAGUUGUUGCGCUCAACGACCAGGCCGACGAUCUUCGCGAGGUUGCUCAACAGGAAGCGGUUGUUGCUAAUGCCGAGGCCAAUCGGUUGGAAAAGGAACUAGCGAACGCGCGCACAGCUGCGCUCGGCAAGGGGACCAUUGUGCGAUCCCGUCUCCAGACGCUCCAGUUCAAUUACCGCGAACAGGUUGAGAAAGUCGCCCGGCUCAAAGACGAAACGGUCCGCGCGAUUCUCAAGAACACGCACGAGAUUGCGAUAUUCAAGGACGAAGUGUCGCGGUGUCUGUCGGAUUUGAGGCUAUUCGCAGAGGGCGAGUAGUCAUCUUGUUCUCUGUCUGUUAGAUUUGUUUACCCCCUACGCGUAUGAUGAUGAUGUACUACUACUGAUUGCAACGAGUUAGUUAUCGG